UUAACGCACUUGAGUUAUAUGAUAUUUUAUGUAAAAUAAUGCUAACAAUAAUUCUUUAUGUAUACAUGUCUAAUAAAUAUUUAUUAAAAAACGACAUUAAAAAUUAGUAAACAAUUAUUUUACUCACAGAGGAGAUGAUUUCGAAGUAUAUGUUAUUAAUCGGCUUAAUUUCCCAUGAUAUUGUUUAUUCAGCCAAUAUGUAUUUUGGAAUGCCAUCUUUUCCAUACUAUCAUCCAAUUCCAAGAAACAAUGUAUUUCAGACCUUACAAGACAAUGUUGACAGUGUUCAUAAGAAGCCGGAAGUUCAAUGGAAUACACAAUAUCAAGGAAGUAGGUUAUUGCAACUACCACAAGUAGUUAAUAUUAAUAAUAAAGAUCGUAAAACAGAUUUGAGAUCUUAUGUGAAUACACAAGUUGUAACACGGGAUAAUUAUCUAAAUAAUCACCAAAAUUGGAAUAUUCAAGCACUGCAAGACUUUUUCCAAAGUCGUCAAUCAAAACGACAAAAACAAUAUCAAGACUAUUUGUUAAAGAAACAAGAAGAAAUUAAACGACUACAAGAACAAGAAAAACUGAAAAAUGAAACAAUGCUAAAAAAAAAAGUUAAACAACGUUCAAAAUUUCUGCAACGGCUUUAUUUUGAUAAUUUACUACAUCGUGAGUAUGAUGAAAACGAACUUGAAAACCAUCGAAAUAAUGCAGAUGAAACAUAA